AUGCACAAUUACUUCACUAAUGAUUUGCUUAUAGACGCAGCUUCAAUACUAAUUUUUGGAAGAAAAAAAUAUUAAGAUGAGAUUGGUUAAUUAUGGAUAAAAUUAACUGAUUAUGAUAUUAAAAUUAGAUCAAUAACUAAAUUAGAUCAAUUAUUAAAAAUAAAAUCCUCACAAGAGGAUGAAGUCAAAAUAGCGAAUGAUUUAUUAUUAAAGAUGAACAGAUCGGAUGAAGUUUUGGAAAGAAGACCAAUCCUAUGUAUAUUGAGGCAAAAUAAAUAUAAUGUUGAAGAGUGGUUAAAAAGGAUUUAGUUAGUCAAGGGGGAUGAAAGAAUGGCCUUGAAAACAUUCACUGAAGUAUUUGAAACUGUUGAGCCAAAUUUAACAGCUAAUGGAAAAUUAAGCGAUAUUUGGAUGGCUUAUGCUGAAUAUUAUGGAGAAAAGAUUGGAAAACUUGUAGUUUAAUCUUCCAUAAGGGAUCGAAGAUAAAAUUUUAAAAUAUAGAAGAGCAUGUAUACCUCUGGUCUUAAUUGGUUGAAAUAUUACUUUUAGAUGGAUUUUUUAACGAUUCCCUUUCUAUCAUACGGCUUAUUUAAAAAGUAUGUAAAAAAUUAAAUAAAAUGACUCCAUCUGAAAUGGUUCCCUACUCUAUGUUAUUUAUGGUAAAUUUAUUUAGAUUUAAAAAGAAGUUUUGGAAAUUUUAAAUCAUUAAGAGCAGCCUACAAGCGCAUGGUUGAUUGAAAGUCGUUACUCCAUUUAUAAUUAUUUAUUAUGCUUAACUUUCAGAAGAUAAUGCAUUGUAUGAAGAAUCCUUUAAGAUUUUUGAGGAAGGAGUCUAAUUAUUUGAUUGGCCAGCUUUGUAUGAAAUCAUUUACAUUACUAAGUUUAUUUAAAGAUAUCGGGGUAAAAAAUUGAGAGAACAAGAAAUUUGUUCGAAACUUUAAUUGAAUAAGUUUCAAAAAAUGUAAUAAUUACAAAAAAUUGUACUAGGAUAAAAUGGAAGCCUAUAAAUUAAAACUGUAUUUAGUUACAAUAUAUAAAUAGCCAAAGUAGCUUUAAAUUUAGGAAUUACAAAAAUAAGACCUGUGUUUGAGAGUGCCAUUUAAGAGGCUGAAUUUAUGA